AAAAACGAAAAAAAAAAAGAAAAAAACUCACUACUGUUCUUAAACUAAAAGUAAAAACCGAAAAAGAGAAGAAAAAAAAAACCCAGUAAACAGCUAAAAACUUAGAGGUAGAGACUAGAGAGAGAGGGGAAAAAAAAAAGAGUGGGAUUAUUGUUUUGUUUUUGUUUGGUUAUGUAUGAUUAUUCUUUUCCUCGUAUAAUGUCUCAAAAUCUCCUGGUUUCCUCCACUUCUUCACUUCCAGCCAUAAAAGGAGCUUGAAAAUAUUGAAUCAACAUCUUUGAUUAUUGGGAACUUCUGUUACUUGAGCCUUGGAUCUCAAUCUGUUCAUUGAUUUGUUUCAAAUUGUGAUCUAGGGGGGCUUUGAGUUACUUAUCGGCGUACUAGUAGAAACCUUUCUUGUUAAGUAUCUUCUGCAUCAUACAUAGGAAGCUAGAUGGGUUCCAGAUUUCCAUCUCAUCAGCUCAGCAAUGGGCUUUACGUGUCAGGCAGGCCAGAGCAGCCUAAAGAAAGGACUCCGACCAUGAGCUCAGUGGCCAUGCCCUAUACUGGUGGAGAUAUUAAGAAAUCAGGAGAACUAGGGAAAAUGUUUGAUAUCCCUACAGAUGGUUCUAAAUCCAGGAAAUCUGGACCUAUAAGUGGUGCUCCUUCAAGGACUGGAUCUUUCGGGGGUGCUGCUUCACAUUCUGGACCAAUCAUGCCUAAUGCAGCACCUCGGGCUGGCUACACCACAUCAGGUCCUGUUGGCGCUGGAGGCAUGUCUGGUUCAGUCUCAUUGAAGAAGUCAAACUCUGGACCACUAAAUAGACAUGGGGAUCCUGCGAAGAAAUCAUCCGGUCCACAAUCUGGUGGAGUGACACCAAGUGGACGUCAAAAUUCUGGUCCAAUUCCUGUUCUCCCUGCAACUGGCCUUAUUACAUCUGGGCCCAUCUCCUCUGGGCCACUAAAUUCCUCCGGUGCUCCUCGGAAAGUGUCUGGUCCUCUGGAAUCUAUGGGAUCAAUGAAAGUCAAAGGUUCUGCUGUAGUUCAUAAUCAGGCUGUGAAUAUUCUUGGCCAAAAUGACGACUUUUCUUUCAAGAGGAACUUCCCCAAACUAAUAUUAUAUGCACUGAUACUGCUCUUUGUAAUGGGUUUCAUUGCUGGUGGUUUUAUUCUUGGAGCGGUUCACAAUGCCAUUCUCCUCAUCGUUGUUGUGGUUCUUUUUGGUACUGUUGCUGCAUUAUUUGCUUGGAACUCUUGCUAUGGGAGAACAGCUAUUAUGGGUUUCAUUGCUGGUUAUCCAGAUGCAGAGCUUAGAAAUGCAAAAAAUGGGCAAUUCGUGAAAAUCUCCGGGGUGGUAACAUGUGGGAACGUUCCUCUUGAGUCAUCCUUCCAGAAAGUUCCAAGAUGUGUUUAUACAUCAACUAGUUUAUAUGAGUAUCGAGGAUGGGAUUCCAAAGCUGCCAAUCCUAAACAUCGUCGUUUUACCUGGGGACUCCGAUUGUUGGACAGGCGUGCUGUUGACUUCUACAUCUCCGAUUUCCAGUCUGGGUUGAGAGCAUUAGUAAAAACAGGCAAUGGAGCAGUUGUGACUCCUUAUGUGGACGACUCAAUUGUUAUAGAUGUCAACCCAGCCAACGAAACAUUAUCUCCCGAGUUCAUGAGGUGGUUGGGAGAAAGGAACCUUUCAAGUGAUGACCGAUUAAUGCGACUGAAAGAAGGGUAUAUCAAGGAAGGAAGCACGGUUAGCGUAAUGGGAGUUGUUCAGAGAAACGACAAUGUCCUUAUGAUUGUUCCUCCGCCUGAACCCAUUGCAACUGGUUGCCAAUGGCCCAAAUGUAUCUUCCCAGCUAGCCUCGAGGGUAUUGUAUUGAGAUGUGAAGACACGUCAAAUAACGAUGCCAUACCUGUUUAGUAGCAUGUGCAUUGUAAACUUUUUUUUUUCAGCUACAAAACUAUAUUUUUUCCCUUGUUAUUCUAUUAAUAUUUUGGGGAUGUGGCAAGGACAAACGAUGAACACGAGAGAGGCUGGCAGCUUCUCUUACCUUUUAAUUCGGUGUAUAGCUUUUUCCAGGUUUCUUUGCUGUUGGUUUUAUGGUGUAGGGUUCAAACGGUGUUGUCGUGGGGGUUGAUCGGCUUUCGUGCACUUGGGGAUUUUGUGUUUGUCAAGGUUUUAGGGAAAAGAAAAAAAAAACAUUAACAAGGUAUUCAAGUAUAUUCGUUGUUUCUAUCUAGAUGGACUGUUUUACCUUAAGUUUUGUUUGCAAAAAUGACAGGCUCAGUUUGAUCCAUUGAUGACUUUGGAUUGAAUUUCUUAUUGGUAAUUUGUGUAAAAUAUCAGUGUUUCCUUUUUACCACUUAGAA